AUGUACACGCCCACACCGCCGCCACCUGUCCUGCCUCCCAAGCCCACCAGCCAUGAUGUGUCCAGGCUAAGCACACCUGCCUCAGGCACACCACCACGACCUUCGCCCAUCCCCGAAGGGAUUCUGAGCUCUGUGGAUGGUGGCCGGUACAGCCAUGGAGAUGCAUCUGGACUCAUCCCGGCGCCUUCAAGAGCCGGCCCCGCCGUUCAAACUGUUGUUCCUGACCCUGGUGACAAGUGGCUGCCCAAGGUGCUUGAAGAUAAGUCUAAGCAAGACCUUGCUGAGAUCCUUGGGAAUCCAAACCUGCUGCAGACUCUCACGCGCGCAUCGUCUGCAGUCCAUCCGUCCCUGGCGGCUACUGACGAAGCUCUCUUGGCCGCACUGGACGAGAACAUUGGGUUAGCGAACCAUCUGCUCGAGCUGGAAACUCGUUUGACGCACCAAAGGUCAUCAACACAGGCACAGCUACUGUCUACACACGCGCUUGAGAGGCAGUGGCGCCAGAAGCAGGCGGAGAUGGACCAUGCACUAGAGCCCUUUGCUGCACCAUCUCUCUACCAGCAGCUCAUGCAAAGCCUCCAGGAGCAGGAAAUGAUCUGCCAGGCCAUGGAGGAGAGCUUUCUGGAAGGUGAUGGCAGCGGCCUGGCGACAGAGCGGGAGACGCUCGAUUGGGUCCGCAAGUACCGCGAGGCCAAGAAGCUUUACUACCUGCGGCAGGAGCGCAAGGAGAGAUGGAAUGAACGGCGCGUCGGCGGGUGGCGGUGA